UAUUAUUUUUAAAAAUCCUAUCAAAAUGGGCGCAUUACUCUCCUCGACGGUAAAAACGGUUAGCAAUUCAUUGUAUCCAUGCAAAGAUCAGCUGCCGCAAUCGAUAAUGUUUAGUAAAAUUAGCGAGAAAGCCAUCGCACCCAGCCGUGGAUCAUCUGGGGCAGCUGGCUACGAUCUGUAUUCUGCGUAUGAUAUGACAGUACCUGCACAAGGGAAGGCUCUUGUUAAAACUGACAUUGCUGUGGCAUUGCCCGAUGGAUGGUACGGUAGAGUUGCUCCCAGAUCUGGUUUAUCAUGGAAACACCAUCUUGAUGUGGGCGCAGGCGUCAUUGACUCAGAUUAUCGUGGCAAUGUUGGUGUCAUUCUGUUCAACCUAAGCCAUAUUGAUUAUGAGGUGAAACAAGGUGACAGGAUUGCACAACUGCUUAUUCAAAGAAUUUGCACACCUCAAUUAGAAGAAGUUGAGAGUCUUGAUAUCACUACCCGUGGUGACGGUGGGUAUGGCUCCACAGGCCGAAAUUGAACUGUUUGAGAUUGAUACAAUUCCGAAAAGGUUUUCAUCUGAGACAAAACAUGACAGUGUGCUGUCCCUGCUCUCAAAGUACUGUCUGCUGGGCAGUAUGUGGAAAAACUUUAAGUUCAUUUUAAACAUUACUUGUAAUUAUAUUGAAAUUUAUUUGACAAAAUAAAAGUA